AGGCGGGGAAAUCUGCUUUAGUUCCUGCCUACUAGAAGUGGGACUUGCAGAAGUCAAAUUAGCGAUUACAAACUGCGUGUUCUCGUGACCUUUCUAGAGAGGACUGUGUAAGCUGGGAAUUUCCCCAUCUGAUUAUGGCUUUGCCGUUCCUCAUCGAUAAAUAAUUUAGUUUUUGCGUUUUAGUUCCAUCUCAGGAAAAACCAAACAGUAAACGGCCAGCAAGUGGAGUUGAAUGACGCCGCCACAAGCAGGCGAGGAUGCCUUAAACUCAGAGCGGCGGGCGUGCAGCCUGGCGCCCUCUUUGUCAUAACGUCACGGCAUCGGAAAGAAGCCGAGCCCCAGAGGUUUCUAGAACACCGCUCUGUGAGGCGGCGUUAAUGCCAGCCGAGUCUUCGGGCCUGUCUGCGAGCUCGCGUGGGUGCUAGGCCGUCCGCACUUCUGCGCACGCGCACGGGGACGUGGCGCGCCUCAGUUCAACCGUCGCGGGGGCGUAGCGCGCCUCAUUUCAACCGUCGCUGGGGCUGGUGAGCUCCUGCCUUCCCCGGUCUGCCCCCGGGCGGUCCCUGAGGGGUCUCUAUGGCGACCGGACGUGGUCGGUUCCUGAAGCAGCGCUGGCUCGGUCUCCAGGCGGUGCAGCGGACUCUCCGUGGCGCGGCGCCGGGGAGUGCCGGGGAGGCCGUGGGGCCCGCUGGGACCUCCGGGUUCAGAAAGGGGCCAGGUGUCCAAUUUGUGGCUGGCUGUACUGCUCAGAGGCAAUAUGCCAGAUGUGAACAGCGCUGUGAGAAAUCCUCCUCUAAAUGUUCUGUAUCCCUGGAUGGAAUGCCUCUGGAAAUCUUGGUGAAGAUAUUUUCCUACUUGGAUGCUGUGAGCCUGCUAUGUACUGGAUGUGUGAGUAGGCGCUUUUAUCAUCUGUCCAAUGACAAUUUUAUUUGGAUCAGAAUCUACUCAACUGCUUUUUUACCUAAAAGACGUAAUUGGAAAGUUAAUUCAGUAGAGGAGACAGCUGUGUCUAUGAACUUACUCUCAGUUGAGGAUAAAGAAGCUGGAUAUUGGAAGAAAGAAUAUAUUAAAAAACAAUUAGCAUUUGUAAAAUCAGCACUAGCUCAGGUUCUCAAACCUGUCAACCCUGACACAGGCCUUCCGGUUAAAACUAAAGAGGCCCUCAGAAUAUCUGGUUUAGGUUGGGCAAUUAUACUGAAAGAAGAAAGUGGAAAAGAAUAUUUUAUGGAGCAUGUUGAUCUUUCUGUAAAUGAUACGUCAGUUACUGUUGUGUGGUAUGGCAAAAAUUGGCCAUGUUUAGCCACAUUGUCAACCUUAGAUUUGUGUGGUGUGACGCCAGUUUUUAUGCAUCGUUAUAAAACCCCCACCAAAAAUGGACCUCGGUGGUAUUCUUUAAUUACAAAGUACAAUCUUAGUUGUUUAACUGAAUCCACCCUGAUUGGCUGCGACAGACUCAUUCGGAUCUUCUGCCUAAAUCCUGGCCUUCUCGUGGGGCUGUGGAAGAAGGAGGAAGAACUGGCUUUUGUCAUGGCAAGUCUUCAUUUCCAUCACCUUGUGGAGAGGAGCACAUUAGGCUCUGCUUCUAUUCCCUAUGAGCUGCCUCCUCAUAGCCCCUUUUUGGAUGACAGCCCAGAGCACGGACUGCAUGGCUACCAACUCCAUGUCGAUAUGCACGGUGGUGGAGUUUUCUACCUAUGUGGUACAUUUCGUGAUCUCUUCACCAAAAAAGGAUACAUUGAAAAUGGAUACAUGAAGCUCAUUGUUAUAAAUUUUAAAAAUAACAGAGAACACCUACCUCUCGUUGGAAAAGUUGGCCUCUCUUGGAGAACUAAUAUUUUUGAUGGCUAUGUAAAGAGUUGUUCUAUAAUGGAUGUAACUCUUUUGGAAGAAUGUGGGAAACCCUUUUGGUGUUUCAGUUCUCCAGUUUGCAUGAGAUCUGCUACCAUACCCUCUUACGGUUCUGAUUUCUUGGGACAGACAUACUAUGUGGACUACAAGGAUGCAGAAGGAAAGGUGCACAUGGAGCUGGUGUGGAUUGAAAAGACUGAAGAGUACUUCAUUGUCAGCCUAGUCCUUUACCUUAGUGUAGCAAAAAUAAACCAGUGGUUUGGGACAGAAUACUAAAUAGUAGUAGUAGGUGUCAAAUUAUUGUUGCUAUUUAGCUGUUUACUUUUGAGUAACUGCUUUGUUUUUGGUGUUGGC